AUGGAAUACGUGACGUUGAAUUUGAAUAUGUUACAAAAACGCCAGAGUCCACCUUCCAGCAAGGAUGUCAUCAUUGAUGUCCCCGCAGAACCUGUGGAGGAUAGAACCUCGAACCGGUAUACCAAGAAAGCCCCCGAUAGGGAACGUUAUGCUUCAAAGGCAAGAGCAGCGGCAAACACAGGUGGUUACCAGAAACGUCCUGCACGAAGCGGAAGGGAAAGAAACGAGUAUCGCACUCCACAAGGCGGCAGCGAUGCUCCUGCGAACAAGCAGAACCACAAACCAUCUAGCGUCAGAAAUCCUGCUGUUUCUAGUAGCUUGUUUCGCCUACCACCCGCAAAGUCAACUGGGACACAAGGCAGAGAAGGCAAUUCCGCUUCAAAAACUCGACGAAGAAGACGGACGUCUUCUGCCAAUGAUGGAAGUCGUCGUGUUUAUUCGCCGUAUGACGAAAACGAUCCAUCCUCACAAGUGUAUCGCGAUGCCAUUGACAGAUUUGGAGAGUUCUUUGUAAGCGCCACCGACACAAUCUUGUGGGCAAUGAAGACGACGACGAGGCUUCCGACGCGGAGAAUUCGACCUCUGCCACCAAGCCCGGCAAAGGUGGCAAGGCUCGAGCUGGCCGAAAGCAAUCUGCAAACUGGAGGGAUCGAAUGGAAGAAAGAUUUGAUUCCAUGA